AUGUCGAAGCAUAUAAGUGAUUAUAUAUUCGAAACAUUAUUGGGGCAAGGCACUUUCGGAUCUGUUCAUUUAGUACGACGAAAAAGAGACGGUAAACCAUUUGUAAUCAAAGAUCAGGUUCUCGAUAAGACAAAUGCUUUGCCUUUCAAGAAUAUAUUAGGAGAGGUGCAAUGCUUGGAAACUUUGAGACACCCCAAUAUUGUAGCAUAUUAUGGGGCUUGGAUAGAAGAUAAUCAUAGUUACAUUCUUAUGGAGUAUGCAACACGAUGUACUUUAAAAGAUUUAUUGGAAAAACAUCAAUUACCACUCAAAGAAGAAGACGCACUAUACCUGUUUUCUCAAAUCGUUCUUGGAGUUCAUCACAUACAUUCAAAGAAGAUCCUCCAUCGAGAUUUGAAGCCGGAGAACAUAAUGCUGACCGGAAGUCGCGGUGAUAUUGUGAAGAUUGGAGAUUUUGGCGUGUCGAAAAAUCUUAAAGAAUCAACAGAUCCAUCGACUGUAUGUCGCGCUGGAUCAUUUUGUUACAUGGCACCAGAGAUGUUGAUGGGACAAUCGUACGAUCUAAAGUGCGAUACAUGGAGCAUGGGAGUCAUUCUUUACGAAAUGAUCACGAAAAGGCAUCCAUUCCCUGCCACGACUCUAAGAGAAAUCGUGAAGAAAACCUGUACGGAAACACCACGACCACUUCCUAAAGAAACAUCAGCGUGCAUUGUGAAUUUGAUAUCGAAAAUGUUGAGGAAACAGCCAUAUUAUCGUCCAAAAACAGAUCAAUUAGUCUUAUGUCCCUUUCUCGUGCCUUAUAUUGCUCGAAUAUAUUUGAACAUGGGUCGAGUUCCGAACAUGAUGUGGUUGAUCUUAUUAACGUGUUUCUACUUUCUCUGGUUGUCGUACGCGUCUUCGUGGUACCCCAUAAAUCCUAUACUUGGAGAGCAAAUAGAUCUCGUUGGUGCUUUGAACGAGAGUUUUAUUCCAAACUGGACGAGAAGCACGGAAAAUGACGAGUCAAAGGACAUCUUCGAUACCAACGACGCAUUUAACUCAACGCAGAUCCCAUUCAACUCCAUCGAUCGCGAUCGUGAGCCCUUGGACGAGGUGGAACGCAUUGAACCUAGACACUGGCCAGUUAGACCAGAUAUUUUGUACACUCGAACUGCUAUUCCUUCCACCACGGCGAUGUCUUUACCCAGAAAUCCUCUUAAUCCUUCUGUAUUCUCGCAAAAAAAUUCAUCUACACAGAGGUAUCCACCAAUCACAGCACCACCGCCUACAGCAUCGGUGGAUGAAGUUUUCUGUGAUUUCGGUUCAUUUCCAGCACAGACACUCUGUGAAUGGCAAAGUGGUGAUGAUGUAUUAGACUGGGUGGCUGGAACUGGUAUGGGAACCAAUUGGAUGGGUGGUCCCCCAAGUGAUUAUACAACUGGUACCAUGGAAGGAGGAUAUGCCUUCCUGGAAACGUCACAAUUGCCACUGAAGGAUGGUAAAGCAAAGACUUUAGGAGGACUGUUACAUAGUCCUCAAUUGGGGAGCACAGGAGUGGCUGGAACUUGUGUAAUGUUCAAGUACAGCUUGGAUGGCCUUAGCGCAGCUGGUUUAAGGAUUUUGCUUCACGUAGGUGGCGACGAGUUUUCUAUCAAAAAGGAACAAACAGAAGAAAUCAUUCCUGAGAAUGUGACUGUACCAUCCUGUAAACCGGUGGAAGUAUUCAACGAACGUGUCAUUUGGAACGCUCAGUAUUAUACCCUUGGUGUCUGGCAGCAAACUCAGAUGCUUUACACUUUUCCUGAGUUGCAUUCGUUGAUCAUUGAAGGAAUUCCUGUAGAUUCUACCGACCCAGCUCGUCUAUUCAGGGGGUACAUAGCCAUAGACGACAUAGAUUUGCAACCAGGUACAUCGUGUAUUGGCUUCUGCAAUUUUGCUGGUGGAUUCUGUGACUGGGCUAAUGAUGCAGAGGAUGACUUUGAUUGGACUAUUAGUCGAGGAAGUGGAAAUCCGACAACUGGACCAGCAAUGGACAGUUCUACCGAUCGAUCAACAGCUGGAGGAUACGCAUACAUAGAUUCCUCCUUUCCACGUCGACCAGGAGACAGAGCUAGGCUCCUCAGCUCUAGCUUUCCUGCUCCAAGUGCAGAUGCACCCAUGUGUAUGCACUUUUGGUUCCACAUGUUUGGAUCAGGGAUUGGCACUCUGAAGCUGUUCGUACGUCAUUUUCGUAGCUUAGACGCGCCACUUCGAGAGAUCUGGGGUCUGAAUGGGAAUGCUGGGAACACGUGGUUCGUUGCUCAAAUUACAAUCAGUUCUCUAGACGAUUUUCAACUUCUUUUUGAGGCGUCUGUAGGAAACACUGGUAUGGGAGACAUUGCCAUCGAUGAUAUCUCUUUCACACAAGGCUCUUGUCCGGUUUUGCCCCAAGUCGCUGCGUCAACAUCGCGGGACUGCACUUUCGAAGUAGACGAGUGCGAUUGGAUCAACUCUCGAGAUCCAGAUCGAGUGGAAUGGGAGAAAGUUUCUCUGCAAGCGCUCAGUCCCAGAAACCAAAGAAAACUAUACAGCAAUGGAUACACGAUAAAUCGAAGAAAUGAGUACUUUCUUGGUCUGGGUCGUCCAAGAGGAGGACCCCGAUCAUCUGGAGGUGGAACUGCACAGCUAGUUAGCAGAGAGAUGAAAGGCAGUGAGGAGCCUCUAUGUGUCAGCUUCUGGUACUUUAUGUUUGAAUCUUUCAUCGAUUCGACUGGACCAAGUUUAGGUGUGCUUCGUGUGUCUAUACAAAUUGGAGAAUCUUCGACUGAGUCUAGACCUAUCUGGCAGCUGUAUAAUAAUCAAGGGCCCACGUGGAACUAUGCACAGAUCAGUAUAAACGAAAGAAAAUACUUUAAUGUGGUAUUCGAGGGUACUUGGGGUCCCAACCGUGCCAGUGGUAGCAUUGGCAUCGAUGAUAUCUCUUUUUAUACCGGCAAUUGCUCUGUAAAACCAUCCAGUGCGUCAGUGAAACCAGAAGAUUGCAGUUUUGAGAAAGGAUUAUGUGGUUGGGAAAACAUUACAUCUUCCGAGAAGGAACGUGUGGUUACUUGGCAGCGAGCAUUUCUUGCUCAUCGUCCAGCUCAGUUGUUGGAUAAGACGUUUGGAGCGACUGGUGAUUUUGUAUUCUUUGAUAUUUUCACCACGAAUAAACAAUCGACGGAUGUACGGCUACGAUCACCUAUAAUACAGACAUCACCGGAUGAAGAAUCUGUUUGUUUCACUUUUUGGUUUGCUGCCUUUGGAGUGGAGGAAUCUACAACGUUACAAGUUAUCAAAAUGAAUGCUGACGAAGAGGCAAUCGACGAAGAUGACGACAGACAAAAACAACCUUUAUGGUCAUUAACGGCGAAAGGAUUUAACAAUCCGAGACCUGUAUGGACUGCUGCACAGGUGACAAUCAAUGCUCGUAUACCCUACCGUCUCAUCUUAAGGGGAAGUGCUAGUAACGGAGGUUUCGCUAUCGACGAUAUAAAGUUUCAACCUCAAAGUUGUGCAAUUCGACCAGCUGCUGCUCAACCCGUUAGUAAUGGAAAUUAA